CUUGAACUUCAAUUGAAGCCAUCGGUGCAGGUGAUGCAAAUGCGAAAAAAAUGUUAUAAUAAACUCCUUCCUUCUGCCUCAUUAUUGUGUUGCUCUCUGGCGUACAAGCGACAGAUCAUUUAUUGAUGCAAAAUGCCUUUCAAAUCCGUGCACCCUUACCUUGCGAUCCCUCAAACUAAUUUGGUAGACUACCUCUUCCCGCCCGGUUUGGAACCAAGCAAUGAGCCGCUCUGGAUAGAUUCACAGGACCCAAGCAACUAUUUAUCAGAGGCCCAGGUUUUAAAAUGGAGCAAGAGCUUCAGCAGGGGCCUCAACAAUGCAGGUUUGCGCCAGGACGAGGUUGUUAUGCUCUUUACACCAAACCACAUAUUUGUGCCUGUAGCAUACCUCGGAAUCGUUGGUGGAGGAUACAGAUUCAGUGCAGCAAAUCCAGCAUUUACUUUGCGAGAGCUUGUCUACCAAAUCGAGGAUGUUCAGCCAAGCGUCAUACUUGUGCACCCCAACUUUGUACCAUUAGCAGUCGAGGCUGUCGCCAAAAUCGGCUUAUCAAAUUCAAAAAUCUUCCAACUCUCAGAUGUUGAGUGCACGCCCGUUCUCGGUGUCCUAGAUUGGCGCCUUCUCCUCAAGGAAUAUGGCGCUGACAACUACGCUUGGCCAAGCUUCACACCAGAAGAAUCUCUGAGGACAAUUGCAUCGAUCAAUUAUUCAUCUGGAACGACAGGUCAUCCAAAGGGUGUAAUGGUAAGCCACGCCAAUAUCAUUGCCAACGCCGCUCAAAAUAUAUUCAACCUCAUCCACAAUAGACGGCUCCUCUUACCCGAUGACCGCUGGCUCGGCUAUCUUCCUCUCUACCACGCAUAUGGACAACUAUAUUUAAUCACCAUAUCUCUCAAAAGGCGGAUACCAGUCUAUGUGAUGAAGCAGUUUGUAUUCGAGGAUUUUCUGCACGCCAUACAGACGUAUCGGAUCACGACGUUGCAGCUUGUGCCGCCGAUUCUGGUUAUGAUGUCCAAGCACCCAGUCACAAGCAAAUAUGAUCUCAGCUCAUUGACACUGGCACUGUGCGCCGCAGCACCACUGAGUAAGGAGCUACAGAAUCAUUGUUCGAAGAGAUUCGGGUUCAACAUUAUACAAGGCUAUGGGAUGACCGAAACAACCUGUGGAGGGAUGGGGAUGCUAGCUAUCGACAUCGAUAAUACUGGCAGCAUUGGAAAGCUACUUUCAAACACUGAAUGCAAGCUCAUCAAUGAUUAUGGACAGGAAGUUUCGUAUGGGCAGCCAGGAGAGCUGUACCUAAGGGGGCCACAGAUAGCUCUUGGCUACUGGCGCAACGCAGCAGCCACCAACAAAAAUAUUGAUACCGAGGGGUGGUUACGAACGGGGGACAUAGCUGUUUGCAAUGCUGAUGGGAAUUUCUGGAUUAUCGAUCGGAAAAAGGAACUCAUCAAAGUGAAUGGAUUCCAAGUCGCCCCAGCAGAGUUAGAAGCAGUACUUCUGGAGAACGAGCAUAUCGCAGACGCAGGUGUCGUAGGAAUCAAAUUUGGCGAAGAAGAGCUACCCCGAGCCUACGUCGCCAUCCAAGAAGCUUCAAAAGGAAAAGUAACACCCCAAGAUAUCGAACACUGGAUAAAGUCGCGGGUGGCAAAAUACAAAUACCUUGUGGGAGGAGUGGUGUUUGUUCAGCAAGUUCCGAAAUUGGAGAGUGGCAAGAUUCAGAGGCGCGUCUUGCGGGAAUGGGCAAAGAAGGAUGGCGAGCUGAUGCAGCGACGGGUGCAAUCUCGAUUAUAAUAGCAUAGUUUGAAACAGAGCGAGCGUCUCAAUCUCGAUUAUAAUAGC